CCGGCCAGGAAUGCUGUGGUUACGGGGAGGGAAGCCCACGGGGAGGAGGGCGACAUCCCACGUGGAACAGUGUCCUUGUGUGCUUUGUAAGCUGAUUGUCUGUUACGCUAUCCAGCGUCCUAUGCUUAAGGGUCCACAUGAAGAAUACUUAUCUUGGCUUUAGGCUCAGGAAGAUGUUAGGACUGAAUGUUUUCUGUUCUUCAUAAGGAAAAAUAUCUGACAUAGCAAGUUUCCUGCAGCCAGGAAAUGGUGGGUUAAAUUUGCUGCACAGCUCUGAAUGUCCCCUGCCUUGUAAUAGCCAGGCACGAUUUCUACAUCCUAUUAAGCAACUUGUUUAAAAUAAAUGUUUUAAGGAGGCAAUCCUAUGUAUGUUUAGAGAGGGAAUCAUCCUUCCACACUCAUCAUUUCCCAGCCAGCAUAGGAUGGCAUUUUUUCUUGCCCAACAUGCACAGGACUUGUGUCCUAAAUUGUUUAUAACUGUGGUAUUAAUUUCUUUAAAGGGUGUGAGUGUGAGUGUGAGAUAGGAAACAUGUCAUAUCCUCGUCAGGCAACCCACUGUCUUUGCAGUUGCUGAACAGAAGGUGGAAAUCAAGGACCCAAUUGAGUUCUUUCUGAGCAGUUGGAUAGCGCACCAAGCGUCUCGGCUUGUUUCUCUGUAAGCAGAAGGGCUAGAAACUUUGCAAGGGGGAACAAACAUUUGGGUGCAGGAAAGGAGCCUGGAGUAGGCUGAGCAAUUCAGGCCCUGGUGCUCCUCUUCUUCCACAUAUACCAGCUACAGGGCCAAAAAGAAAGUCCCAGAAUAAAUAUGCAGGUACGUGGAGAUAUAAUAGAGAACAGCAAAUGAGGCAUGUAGGGUGAAGAUUUCAUUAAAGACGGAUGAAUGUGUUAGUGUCUGUGCGUGGGUGUUUGUGAAGUUAAUGUUCAGUGGGCAUAUGGAAUGCCAUUGUUGCAAUCUAAGUGGAUUUUAGUAAAGCAUUUUAUACCGGACUAUUUUUGGCACUUAAACAAUAGAUCUAGGCUCCUAAGCAUAAGUAAUAAAUUCAUUAAGGGUGAAACAACAAAACAUGUUGUGCUUAAAAAGUUGGAGAGAACAUGGGAGUUCAUGAAUUCCCAACUUAGGGCCCAUAUUGCUUCACAUUUCUGCCAGGAACCUUAGGGAUAGUCCAAACUUGUCAGGGUGUCAUGGUGCAAUGUGUGGAUAACACGGAGUGAGAGAGCUGGGAAUCGCACAAGGCAAAAUAGAUGACCUCAUGAACUGGAGUCAUAGAAAUGGAAUGAGACAGGCUAGUAUAAAAUGUACAGACACACAGUCGGGGACCGAUCGCUUAUUUUUUGUUACCGUCUGGAGACAGUUCAACUGGAAAAAGCAGAGGAGGAAUGCGAUCUGAAGUUCUUGACUGGUCACAUAUGAUGCAGCCACAAAUGUGACGUAGCUGCAAAAAAGGCGAAGACGAUUAGCAAAGGUACUCCGUGGGCACUUCUAGUGAUGCAGCUGAGGAUUAAUGCUUGUCAAAGGUUUGGAAUACAGGGGUCACAGGCAUCCUGAAACUGGAAUGUAGAGUACUGUAUGAGGUCUGCCUCAAGCAAAGGACAGAAACCAGUUGGAACAUUCAUGAAUUUUACAGCUGCUUUUUUAGGAGACAUCGCUUUGGAUGAGGAAGACCUCAAGUUGUUCCAUGUGGACCGGGUUGUAGAUCUCACACGACGCACCAUUGAGAGAACAGCUACCAACUCUUCAGGGAACGCUUCAAACAGCACCAGCCUCAGAUCCGAGAGACAGCCGAGGAGGCGAUGGAAGCAGGGCCGGGGGCGACCUCGGAGUCGCCGGGCCGCCACUUCCCGUCCCGAGCGGGUGUGGCCAGAUGGAGUAAUCCCUUACGUGAUCAGUGGGAAUUUCAGUGGUAGCCAGCGAGCCAUCUUUCGGCAGGCCAUGCGCCACUGGGAGAAACACACCUGUGUCACCUUUCUGGAGCGGAAUGAUGAAGACAGCUAUAUUGUGUUUACAUACAGGCCGUGCGGGUGCUGUUCCUACGUGGGGCGCAGAGGAGGCGGCCCGCAGGCGAUCUCCAUCGGGAAAAACUGUGACAAAUUUGGCAUCGUGGUGCACGAACUGGGCCACGUGAUCGGCUUCUGGCACGAACACACACGCCCAGACCGAGACGACCACGUGGCCAUUUACCGUGAAAACAUCCAGCCAGGGCAGGAGUACAACUUCUUGAAGAUGGAACUGGAAGAGGUGGAGUCCCUGGGGGAGAUGUAUGACUUCGACAGCAUCAUGCACUACGCUAGGAACACUUUCUCCAAGGGGAUCUUCUUAGACACCAUCCUACCCAAAUACAAUGUGAACGGCAUGCAGCCCUCCAUCGGCCAGCGCACCCGGCUGAGCAAGGGCGACAUCGCCCAGGCCCGCAAGCUCUACAAAUGCCCCGCCUGUGGAGAGACUCUGCAGGACAGUCAAGGCAACUUCUCCUCACCUGACUUUCCCAAUGGGUAUUCGGCACACAAGCACUGCAUUUGGAGAAUAUCCGUCACGCCAGGGGAAAAGAUCAUUCUGAACUUUACAUCCCUGGAUCUGUAUCGAAGCCGGCUCUGCUGGUAUGACUACGUGGAGGUGAGAGACGGGUUCUGGAGGAAGGCCGCCCUGCGAGGUAGGUUCUGUGGGAACAAACUUCCAGAGCCCAUCCAUUCCACGGACAGUCGCCUCUGGAUCGAAUUCCGCAGCAGCAGCAAUUGGGUCGGCAAAGGGUUCUUUGCGGUCUAUGAAGCCAUCUGUGGAGGAGAGGUGAAGAAGGAUAACGGGCACAUCCAGUCUCCCAACUACCCCGAUGACUACCGGCCCAAUAAGCUGUGCAUCUGGAAGGUUACUGUCUCGGAGGGAUACCACGUGGGACUUUCUUUCCUUUCCUUUGAGAUUGAGCGGCACGACAGCUGCGCUUAUGACUACCUGGAGAUCCGAGACGGUAACACCGAGUCUGGAAAUCUGAUCGGAAGGUACUGCGGUUAUGAUAAACCCGACGACAUUAAGAGCACCUCCAACAAGCUGUGGAUGAAGUUUGUGUCAGACGGGUCCAUCAACAAGGCUGGCUUUGCUGUCAACUUCUUCAAAGAAGUGGAUGAGUGCUCCAGACCAAACAAUGGUGGCUGCGAGCAGCGUUGUGUGAACACGCUUGGCAGCUACAAGUGUGCCUGUGACCCCGGUUAUGAACUGGCUUCCGACAAGCGCAGGUGUGAGGCUGCCUGCGGAGGCUUCCUCACCAAACUCAAUGGCUCCAUCACAAGCCCUGGGUGGCCGAAGGAAUAUCCGCCCAACAAGAACUGCAUCUGGCAACUAGUGGCCCCCACGCAGUACCGAAUAUCCCUCCAGUUUGACUUCUUUGAGACAGAGGGCAACGAUGUCUGCAAGUACGACUUUGUAGAAGUGCGCAGUGGCCUCAGUGCUGAAUCGAAGCUACACGGCAAGUUUUGCGGGGCAGAAAAGCCCGAUGUCAUCACCUCCCAGUACAACAACAUGCGCAUCGAGUUCAAGUCCGACAACACUGUCUCCAAGAAGGGCUUCAAAGCCAAUUUCUUCUCAGACAAAGACGAAUGUUCGAAGGAUAACGGCGGGUGUCAACAUGAGUGCCUGAACACGUUCGGCAGCUACGAGUGCCAGUGCCGCAGCGGCUUUGUCUUGCACGACAACAAGCACGACUGCAAGGAAGCUGGCUGUGAUCACAAGUUGACCUCCAUCACCGCCACCAUCACCAGCCCAAACUGGCCUGAUAAGUACCCAAGCAAGAAGGAGUGUACCUGGACCAUCACAGCCACAGCUGGGCACCGCAUCAAGCUGACCUUCGUGGAGCUAGAUAUCGAAGGCCACCAAGAAUGCACGUAUGACCACCUUGAGGUUUACAAUGGAAAAGACGCAAAAGCUCCUGUCUUAGGUCGAUUCUGUGGAUCUAAAAAGCCAGAGCCUAUUAUUUCUUCCAGCAACCGGAUGUUUCUUAGGUUCUACUCAGACAAUUCUGUCCAAAAGAAAGGCUUUGAGGCAACCUAUACGUCAGAAUGUGGCGGCCAGAUGCGAGCUGAAGUGAAAACCAAGGACCUCUAUUCGCAUGCCCAGUUUGGUGACAACAACUACCCGAGCGGUUCAGACUGUGAAUGGGUCAUUGUGGCCGAGGAAGGUUACGGGGUGGAACUCAUCUUCCAGCUCUUUGAGAUCGAAGAAGAGGCCGACUGCGGCUACGACUACAUGGAGCUCUUUGACGGCUAUGAUGGGACAGCCCCACGCCUGGGACGCUACUGCGGUUCUGGGCCCCCGGAAGAGGUCUAUUCUGCAGGCGACUCAGUGAUGGUAAGAUUCCACUCCGAUGAUACCAUCAGUAAGAAGGGCUUCCACCUACGGUACACCAGCACCAAAUUCCAGGACACGCUGCACACACGGAAGUGACUCCUGGCUGUCCAGCCCCCGUAAUGGCGAGCAGGCCUUCCGCCACCGGAGGGACACGUCCCUGCCGCUUGCCAAAAGAAAAAAAGACACCCAUGGAGAAAAUUCAAAUAGACUGGAAGGAGAAAUACACAGUACACCUCAGAGUGUGAAACACUCGCACAAAUAUACAGGUGCUGCCGGCCACUCAUGCGGACUAGGCUCGGGGGAGUGGGGGGAGUCCUUUCCUGUUAAAUAAUGUCAAUUUCUGUGCCUCUUUCAUUUCUUGAGCAGAAUGUCUCCAGGACUAACCACUUCACAGUUUCCAUUUACCAGUUUGAUUUUUUUUAAAAAAAUUGUCUAUGCUGCUCUCCCUGAAUCCCGGAAGUCAUGGUUUAAAAUCAUGCUGGGAAGCCCACCCUAUGGCAGACGUUUUCUUUAUAAGCUCCAUGAAGCAGGUUUACCAGCACAGAUGUCUGAAUAUACAAGCCCAAAUGCAGCGGAGAUGCCGCCCUGCUUGCAGAAGAUUCUAUCUGUAGUAACAAUGUAAUAAACACCCUUUCUUGUACUUCUAAAGAGAUGCCCUCAGCCUCUUUAAAGCUUUACCAUUUGUGAGGGGUUUUUUAUUCUUCUGUUUUCAAAAACAAUGUAAUUUGAAACAUUUCAUGCUCCCUCCUUAAUUUUUUAUUAUUAUUAAAUUAAAAUUUGAAUUGGAACAAAAGCACAA